CGGCUGCCCCUGCUCACCCCUGGCCAGCGCCGCGGCUCCCACGAGCCCGCGCAGCCAGACCCUGGCUGCAGCAGCCGCCAUUUUCCCCGGAUGCUGACCGAGGAAGAGCCCACAGGACACGGAGCCCCAAGGGCACGGACCGGAAGCGGAAGUGUGCAGCGGAUCUUCUUCCGGGCGGACACAAGGCCGGAAGCAGAGGUUCCGGGUUCCGGGCACCGGAAUGAAAGGAGGGAACGCAGGUGAGAAAGCGAGACGGGCAGGUGGGGAAACUUUGAGGUGAACGUAGCGCUUGCUCGGUGAGGCAGUAUCUGGAAAGAAGGCGAGGACGUCGAGGAACCCGACUGUUGGACAGUUGGAUUCACAGACUAUGGCUGUGGAUUUCCCCAAGUCACUCAGAAUAGUGUUGCUUUGCAGACAGCUGGCAGAGAGAGAAGUUGGCUGCCAUGGAGUCACCAGAGGAACCUGGAGCGUCCAUGGAUGAGAACUACUUUGUGAACUACACUUUCAAAGAUCGCUCACACUCAGGCCGUGUGGCUCAGGGCAUCAUGAAACUGUGUCUGGAGGAGGAGCUCUUUGCUGAUGUCACCAUUUCAGUGGAAGGCCGGGAGUUUCAGCUCCACCGGCUGGUCCUCUCAGCUCAGAGCUGCUUCUUCCGGUCCAUGUUCACUUCCAACCUGAAGGAGGCCCACAACCGGGUGAUUGUGCUGCAGGAUGUCAGCGAGUCUGUUUUCCAGCUCCUGGUUGAUUAUAUCUACCAUGGGACUGUGAAACUUCGAGCUGAUGAGCUGCAGGAAAUUUAUGAGGUGUCAGACAUGUAUCAGCUGACAUCUCUCUUUGAGGAAUGUUCUCGGUUUUUGGCCCGCACAGUGCAAGUGGGAAACUGCCUUCAGGUGAUGUGGCUGGCAGAUCGGCACAGUGAUCCCGAGCUCUACACUGCUGCCAAGCACUGUGCCAAGACCCACCUCGCCCAGCUGCAGAGCACAGAGGAAUUUCUGCACUUGCCCCACCAUCUCCUCACUGAUAUCAUCUCCGAUGGAGUUCCGUGUUCCCAGAACCCAACAGAGGCAAUAGAAGCCUGGAUCAAUUUUAAUAAAGAAGAAAGAGAAGCUCUGGCAGAGUCACUGAAGACAAGCUUGAAGGAAAUUGGGGAGAAUGUGCACAUUUACCUGAUCGGGAAAGAAUCAUCUCGCACUCACUCGCUGGCUGUGUCCUUGCACUGUGCAGAAGAUGACUCCAUCACUGUAAGUGGCCAGAACAGCUUGUGCCACCAGAUCACCGCAGCCUGCAAGCAUGGUGGAGACUUGUACGUGGUGGGAGGGUCCAUCCCACGGCGGAUGUGGAAGUGCAACAACGCCACUGUUGACUGGGAGUGGUGUGCACCUUUGCCCCGGGACCGGCUCCAGCACACUCUGGUGUCUGUGCCCGGGAAAGAUGCCAUCUAUUCACUGGGCGGCAAGACACUGCAAGAUACCCUCUCCAACGCAGUCAUCUAUUACCGGGUAGGUGAUAAUGUGUGGACAGAGACAACCCAGCUAGAGGUGGCUGUGUCAGGGGCUGCUGGUGCCAACCUCAACGGGAUCAUCUACUUACUAGGGGGGGAGGAGAAUGAUCUGGACUUCUUUACCAAACCCUCCCGACUCAUCCAGUGCUUUGACACAGAGACAGACAAGUGCCACGUGAAGCCCUACGUGCUGCCCUUUGCAGGCCGCAUGCACGCAGCUGUACAUAAGGAUUUGGUGUUCAUCGUGGCUGAAGGGGACUCCCUGGUGUGCUACAAUCCCCUGCUAGACAGUUUCACCCGGCUUUGCCUUCCCGAGGCCUGGAGCUCUGCCCCAUCCCUCUGGAAGAUCGCCAGCUGUAAUGGGAGCAUCUAUGUGUUCCGGGACCGAUAUAAAAAGGGGGAUGCCAACACCUACAAGCUUGACCCUGCCACUUCAGCCGUAACUGUCACAAGAGGCAUUAAGGUGCUGCUUACCAAUCUGCAGUUUGUACUGGCCUGAGGCUGGCCAUCGGGAGAGCAGCCGAUUGUCUGCCCUCCCUUUUCCAGUACCUUUUCAUCCAAACUCGAAGUCCCCUGGACCCUAAUUCAGAAUAACGUGUUACUCUUGGCACAUAUCAGAAAGGCAUCACCUCAGCCCUUCCCUGGGUCCUUGGGGGUGUUUAGUUCUGGGCUUUAUAGACUGUUGCUGCUUAGCCGGCCAGUCUGUUCUCUGCCAUCCCCGUAAUUCUGGGCUCACUGCAGACUGCUUAGGGCAGGCCUUUGCUCAGACCCAGGGCACAGCCUACCUUCUUCGCCAGAUCACCAUUAAAUAGCAGCAGCCUGGUCCCAGGGCAGAAGGAAGGAUGCCGGUCCUUUGUUUCUGUAGCCUGCAGAGUGGCUAGUUUUUAACUUAUUCACAAAGAAUUAGGGGUUGAGAGUUUCCCCUCAGGCUUUAGUUAGAAAAAUGGGCUAAGCUGAGGGUAUACUUCACCAGCAAGAGUCAACUUUAGAAUCCACAUGUUCCUUCUAUUAUUUUCUCAUCUAUCUGUUGGGAAAUAUAUAACCUUGGUUUUUAUUUUUGGUUUAUUCUAAGGGGUAAGCCAGAAAGUAGAAAGGAUAAUUUCUGAUUAAUAGCAGAAACUUUUUUGAAAUUCAAGUAUAUAAGGUUUCUGCUCUUUUAAAAGCUCUAAGUCAAGAGCUAAGAACUAUUCAUACAAAUAAAAGGUUUUGAAGGCA